AUGAAGCCUGGAGGCCUAUGGAGACACGAUAGUUCUACCCGUGAUCGCUCCUGCUACCGCCAUAAAAUCACAGGCGCAAAGAGCCACGUUGCUACAGACAUGCUGGGUGGUAUUCUUGCUGAUGAUAUGGGGUUAGGAAAGACUUUGACUAUGGUCGCUGCUAUUGCGUCCAGUGUUUCAGAUGCUGAAAGUUAUGCAAAUGAUAUGUCACAGAACGCCGAUAUGACGAAAGCGGCCGGCAAGAUUCCAGCGAAAUCAACGCUUGUCAUUGUACCGUCUCCCUUGAUUCUGGACGGCUGGGUUGAAGAGCUCGAGAAGCAUGUUGUCUCCGGCACAUUGACGUAUUAUAAAUACCAUGGACCAAGCAGAAGCCUGAACACAUCAUCAUCCCCGCCCUAUCAUAUACUGCUCACAACAUACGGCACUGUAAUGACUGACUUCAAUCGUGGAGGCGGUGCUCUCAAUCAUUUCCGCUGGCAUCGUCUAGUGCUAGACGAAGCUCACGUCAUCCGGAACUCUUCCACGAAGACCUUUAAGGCCAUAAUGAACAUUUCAGCCGUAAUACGCUGGUGUAUGAGUGGAACACCGGUUCAAAAUUCAUUGGAUGACCUUGAAUCACUGGUGAAAUUUCUCCGCAUCCCAAUUCUUGAUAAUUCGUCAAUAUUCCGCAGAUUUGUUACUGGACCCAGCCUCACAGGGGUCUUCGCCUCAAAACCAAAUUAUGACAAUCUUCGCAUGCUCCUGGGGUCGAUGUGCCUGAGGAGGAAUACGUCUAUAUUAUCCGAGUUAGGAGUUUCUUUCCGGGUACACCGCCCGGCCUUGUCACAGUCCGAAAGGCAAACCUAUAAGGCUUUGGAAAAUGCUUGCAAGGACCGCAUCAAAGCAGCUGUCAGUUUCCAAAGGGGGAGAGGGGAGCCUAGAAUCAUAUUAACCGCCAUUCUCCUUCUGCGAAUUUUUUGCAACACUGGCAUUAACUCAACGUUAACUCUUGAGAAUUUCGUGAGAACCUCCCAAGCAGACGAAAUAUCCAGCUUAAAGCUGCAAAGUGGAGGGACAGCCUGCAUGGAGUGCAACAAGGACGUGACUUCAUCGGCGCCAAGCUGCACGGCGAACAAAAGUCAUCUCCUGGAUAGUCUAAUAUGUCACGACUGCAUGUCUCGAAAUUCGUUAUCGGCAGAUCAUAGAAGCUCCCCAUGUGAUAUCCUUGACUCUGGUCACGAAGUCGCCAACACCGCUCAAUGCCAAGAGCAGAGUAUUUCUACUGAUAGCUUUGUGGAAACACCCUGCAAUAGUCAAGCCCCAUACCCGUCGAAGCUUAUGGCGUUGCUUGCUGAUAUUAAAGAGCAUUAUGGUGAAGAGAAGAGCAUCGUCUUUUCCUUCUGGAGACGCAGUCUCGACCUCGUGGGCCGCAUGUUUGAUGAAGAAGCCAUCGCUUAUUGCCGGGUAGAUGGAGCUAUUCAUGCACUACAGCGCAAGAAGAUCCUUCAGCAAUUUCAGGAAGACUCGUCAAAACGCGUCCUCUUGAUAACACAAGGUACGGGCUCGGUAGGUUUGAACAAUCUCUCAGUGGCAAGUCGGGUCCACAUUCUCGAACCACAGUGGAACCCGUCAAUUGAAAAUCAAGCUAUCGGCCGCGUGCUACGUCUUGGCCAGGACAAAAAGGCAGUCGAAAGUCGACAACAUAUGAAGGUACAGCUAGCACAUAAAGGCGGCCUUCAUUCUUUAAGUGAUCUUGAUUCUCCUGAACGGCAGAAGAAAGUUAACAGACUUCACGAGUUGGCCAAAUUGUUGAACCUACGGUGA